GUACCCAACAGUUCACUUCUAUCUUCACCUCGCUUCUUCCCCACGUGAACUCUUCUCCUAUCAGUAAGAUUUAUGCAAGCGCUACUUAAAUCAAUCCAACAGUUGUGUAAUUGUUGCUACAAAAGAUAAAAAUCGAAUCCCCAGAGUUAGUCCAAGUCCAAAGUUACUGUCACAGUUCUUGAAGUGUUUUCUACACAAGUUUUAGUGUUUGUUUCCAACUACAAUACCACCUCUUUCUGUUGGGCUAUGUGGCAAAUAACUUGCUAAUCUGGCUCAAUAUCAUUUGGGCUAUGACAAAAAAUCUUAUGGGCCUUAAGUUAAAUUUUUAGAACUCCACUGAUCCUCUUUGCUUCCCUAUUCUCGUAUGUUCUUUAUUUUUAGAUGCCCUGCUAUCGGUUCAUCUAUUCAGCCUCGGUAGAAACACAUUCUGAAGAUGCAACAAGAACGAAGUCAAAAAAAAAAAAAAAAAAAGAUCCAACAAGAACCAUGUAAUGUUAAAGAAAAUACGAAAGAGAGAUUAAUUGCUACGAUAUUUUUAUGUUACGUGAUAGUGGACAUGUUGGUGUCGGUUACAAAUAUGAUUAAUUAUCAAGUCUAUAAAUCUCAGAUUAUCAAUUAGCGUUUACCAUUUGAUCUUAGUUCGUUUCUAUUACCAUUGGUUAAAAAACACAGCGUGGAAUAGCAAGUCUACCACGUGAAACACGUGAAUCUCGAGCACGAGAUCGACUUUGAUUUAGACUCGUAGUUGGCUACUGCUAAGAAAAGGUCCCACACUAUCUUGAUCUCCAAACGAAUCAUCACCGUAGAGGGACCUACGCGAGAGCUAGUUGGGGCAAGUGACAUACAGACAAACUAAUUUUCAUUAAUUUUACUAGAGAUUGAAGAACUCAAAUAAUUUAAUCGCUAAUGUCCAUGCGUAUUUGGUUGGAAACUUUGUUAUCUUAUAUGGUGUGUGCCUCCACAUGUUAUGAUAUUUGCUAGAUCAGCUAGCCUCUGGUAUAAACUAUUCUUAAAAAAUAUUACCUGAGGUAGGUAAGAGUAAUACCCACUACUUUCUCAUUUUAAACUAUUCCACGCAAUUUCUAUAGACAAUCAUACAAAUUUUGGUUGUUGAGCUUUUUUUUUUAAUUUGAUUUGUUUCAAAACUUAUCAAUGCCAUCAACUGUGUAGUAAAAACUCGAAGUUGUUUUUUUUUUCUCUGUAUGUGAUCUUCUUUAACGAUGUAUGUAGUAUCCCGAUCCAAUCAAUGACAAAAUAAGAAGAUAAUAUAAAUUUAAGGAUCUCGCCAUGUUAAUAUGCUAUCAAACCAACAAACAUAUAUAAACAAGUUGGUGUAGCUAGCACCGAACAAUAAAAAGAUACGGAAACAGAACCAUUGUUACUGCGAACAUCAAGGUUUUAACCACGGAUAAAGGUUGAUAAAAAAAAAAAACAAAAACCACGGAUAAAGGUUGGUUUUUGUUUCGUGUUUAACAUAGUGAAUAAAACGAAUUCCACCAACAUCGUUACAGAAAUAAACUAAAAUUAGAUUAGAAAAGAGAAGCGAUAUCUAAGAAUUUAAUUAUACAUGCAAAGUUUAUCAUAACUCAGAAGUUUUAGAGUGAUGUAGGUCAAAAACUCUAAAGCUUCUGAGAUAGAUACUCACUUAAGAAAAUAUUAUUCUAAAAACUUCAUGUAUUAUUUAUGAAAUAUUUAUGGUGAUAUUUUUCUAAUAAUCAUAGAUUUGUGCAUGUGGAAUAGUUUCUGGUGAAUAUACACAUGUCACGAGAAGAAUUUCAUAAUGGAGUUGCUUGAAGAGUUUUUUUUUCUUUGCUAAAAAGAGUUGUUCAUAAUAAUUGUAGUUAGUUGCAUCGGAUCGCAAUCGUAUCAUUAUAUUAUUAAAUCAUACUACAAGGGAUACUAAAACAAUAACAGAUUAUGAAAGUUUUAACAAAAAAAGGCAUAUGGCGCACACAGACAAAAAAAGGACUGUCUUUUUCUCAAAUAUUGAAGUACCUUUGCUUAUUACAGGAACAAAAUAAUUUCUAUUAGCUUUAUAACUUUAUCUAAUAUGUAAAUGACACUAAAAUGGCAUACGUGUAUAAUGACAUAAUAUUAUAAAUUAAACACGACAAUUUCUGUAUUACAUGGGGGAUCGCAACGAAAUCAAAUCUUCUUCCUGUUUUCUUUUAUAUGUUCGGUAAAAUAUCUUGAUCACUCAACAGGAUUGGUUUUAUCAUAUAUUUAUCAUUUAAAUAAUAAACACUUUCACUAUAUAUAUCAAAUCCAAGGAAAAGAAUUGUGUAGUCAAUCAUCCUUUCUUCUCCCAUGGAUACCUCAGGUACUUCCUCGUUAUGCUUGACUUCAUUGCAUAACAAAACCUCUUUCUAAUACAUUUGAUCAUUGCAAACAAACCUACAUUAAUGUAUAUCAGUAUCAAUGCUCUUCUGCUAUUGAUUUGGCAAUCUUUCUUCCCCAAAACAUGCUUGGUUCUAUUUUCUCAAAAGGAAAAUAAACUAAAGUAUGUUUGAUUCCAUAGUUUUACAAUGACACGUGGCCCGUAUAGCUUUGCAAAGAGAGGAUUAACUCUUAAGCAUUUUAGAAAGUUUUGUUAAUAGUUUUUCUUUCUUCCUGCACCAUGGCUUUCUCAGUGGGUCGAGGAAGAUAAAGCUAAAUUAUUCCACUUAAUUGUAAAUCUAUAUUGCGUCCAUACUAGCCCGUUUUCAAGUUUAAGAUAUUCUUUUUGUGGAUUCGGAUUUUUGUUUUGUUUUUUUUUUCUUUCUUUCUGAAACUAUAGUUUUUAGUUCUUUUGAAUUUUUAUAAUAUCAUAUAUUUAUUUUUGAAACAUAUGUCACUUUUGAAUGCUUUUGUUGUACUACUACUCUAUACUGCCUAUUUAUAGCAAGAGCGCAUAUCCUGAUUUUAUUCGCCUUUUCUCCGAUAGCGACACUUUCCCUUUCGACUGAUAUUGCUUUUAUUAUUCUGCAUCUAUCCCAUCUUGAACGCUUUUGUUAUCACUUAUUAGAUAUGUAAGCUUACCACAAAAAAAAUAUAAUACUAAUGAAAAAAAAACAUUAAAAAUAUAAUGUGAGAUCUGAUUCGAAAGGAAUCCGGUUAUUGGAGAAUACAUACUCAAUUCAGGAUAAUUUAAUUAAUUAGAACCCGGUAGGUGAGUAAAAAACAAUCCACUAAAGUAAAUAAAAAAACAUGCUAAAGGAACAUUAGGACAAAACAAACGUGAGUUAGGUGAAAGAGAUCGAAAAAGGGACGAUCAGACAGAAAAUCUUGGAGGACAGAACAAGAUAUAGUAAAAUAGUUUCCUUUUUUUUGUUUGGUCUCGCAAGAUGCUCUGAUGACAAUUACGCUUUAUAAUACUCGAGAAGUUACAUAAUAAUAAUAAUAAAAAUAAAACAUUAUCAUGAUACUAUUUUUUAAAUCGAUUUAUGCGAAUCCACAUAAUAACUGGAUCAACGGCAACCCAUCGUUUCUUCCCACCCGCGUAUUAUCCCUCGUCUUCUCAAAAAAUUUUCCGAUUAGUUUUCCCAGAAACGAAAAAUCUGUUUUUUUUUUCUAGUGGAGACGAUUCAUCGUGGUGCUGAAUUUUACUGGACAUCUGGAAAAAAUUUCAAUUUUUUCAAAAUUAUUUUGAAUCGCUUAUUGUCUCUUUUUUUUCUUCUUCUUCAAUGGGAGCAUUAGAUGAAGGACGUUUGAAUCUAGAGCUUGAGACUGGAAUCAAAAACGCCUGCAUUGAUCUCGCUUUCGAGCACCAACCAGAGACUUUAGCCAUCCAAGACGCUGUCAAGCUUCUCCUCCAAGGCCUUCACGAGGAUGUCAACAGAGAAGGCAUCAAAAAGACUCCUUUCCGCGUCGCCAAGGCCCUUCGUGAAGGCACCAGAGGUUAUAAGCUAAAGGUGAAGGAGUAUGUACAGAGUGCUCUGUUUCCAGAAGCAGGGCUAGAAGAUGGCAUUGGACAAGCGGGAGGAGUUGGAGGACUCGUCGUCGUUCGAGACCUCGACCACUACUCUUACUGUGAGUCUUGCUUGCUUCCUUUUCACGUCAGGUGCCACGUGGGUUACGUCCCAUCUGAGCAGCGUGUUUUGGGACUUAGCAAGUUCUCCAGAGUCGCUGACGUUUUCGCCAAGCGGCUCCAGGAGCCCCAGGGUUUGGCUGAUGAUAUAUGCUCUGCUCUCCACCACUGGGUCAAACCCUCUGGCGUCGCUGUUGUUCUGCAGUGCUCUCACAUUCACUUCCCAUGCUUGGACGUAAAGUCUCCAAGCGAUAAUGGGUUUGUGAAGCUCAUGGUUUCCUCCGGGUCAGGAGUUUUCGACGACGAAGGGUCGAGUCUUUGGGGUGAGUUCUUGAGUUUCUUGAAGCUCAAAGGCGUAAAGACGGAAGCUUUGUGUGGCUCUGUGAAGAAAGAGUGGUGUCCUAGCGUUAAAACCUCGUCUGAAGAAGAAGAUCCUGAGAUGGUUUCCGCGGUUGUUUCGAUUCUCAAGUCGUUAGGAGAAGAUCCGUCGAGGGAAGGGCUCAUUGCUACACCCUCUAGGUUCCUCAAGUGGAUGAUGAACUUCCAAAACGUUAACCUCGAGAUGAAGCUUAACGGCGUUAACGGCGUUAACGGCGUCAAAGCCAACGGCGAGGUCAAGCUGCACUGUGAACUGAACUUACCGUUUUGGUCAAUGUGUGAGCAUCAUUUGCUUCCUUUCUACGGAGUUGUUCACAUUGGCUACUAUUGUGGUGAAGGAUACAGCCACAAGUCAUUGAUGAAGUCUAUUGUACACUUCUAUGGGUUCAAGCUUCAAGUGCAAGAGAGGAUGACGCGUCAGAUAGCUGAGACGCUAUCGCCUCUCGUUGGUGGGGAUGUGAUUGUUGUAGCGGAAGCAGGGCAUACUUGUAUGAUCUCUAGAGGGAUUGAGAAGUUCGGAAGCAGCACUGCUACUAUUGCUGUUUUGGGUCAGUUUUCAAAUGAUGGUUCUGCAAGAGCCGAGUUUCUAGACAAGAUCCAUGCAACGGCUGCCUUGAAGGCAGAUGCAAGCUCCCCAUUUUGAGUGGGUUUUUUUGUUUGUUUGGUAUCAAUAAUCACUUCGAAGUUUCGAAACUAAGGAAGCGAUUUGAUUUCUUGGUUAUUGAUUCUUCUUCUAUCAAUCAUGUUAAGAUGUGUCAUUCUCUUUAUAAUAAAUAGAAAGAGAUCUUGUGAACCAUUAUACAUUCUACUAUUGGGAUUUGUUUCCAGGAAAUAGAUGAUUUGGAAUGUUAUCAAGUCA